UCCUGAAUAACACACGCAGACGCAGUGAAGCAUUCACGAUUUCGGCUAACAAAACGAAACCGUCAUUCUCUCCCCCUCCAGCCCGCGCUUUCUUUCUCUCAAUUUUGUUCCCCUGAGCCUCCCCUCAAUCGACAGUCAUACCUUCAACAGGAGGAGAACCCCCUUUUAUCUAUACAGACGGUCUCGAACUCACGGGCUUGCCCUAACUUUGGUGUCCGCAAGCUGUUCGACGAAAUGCCUCAUCCAGUCUAAAUCACUCUAAACUAGCUAUAGUCUCUCCUCCACAAGCUCUCGGCAUCUUUUUUCUAUUCAAGUAUGGAAGUGGGCCACUGCUAUUUGGACGGCAACGCCGAUGCAGUGGAGUUCUGUCCGCACCAGCCCUACCACCACAUACUGGCGGCUGCUACUUACAACUUGCAGGAAGGUGAUCAGCCUACUCGAAUGGGCAGCAUUUCACUCUUUCUGGUCGAUGCUCAAGAGGGCCAGUUUGAGCUGGUUCACCAAGUGAAAACUGCUGGGAUAUUCGAUGUCAAGUGGAGCCCGGUUGGUGGGAGUGUGAGCCCGCUUCUUGGGCAAGCUGACGCUGAUGGGUACUUGAGAAUUCAUGGCCUGCAGAGCUCCUCAGAUGCACCGAAAGUUUACUCACUGGAAGAGGUAGCAAGUCAAAAGAUUAGCUCUUCCUCUAUGUGUCUCUGCUUGGAUUGGAAUCCAUCAGCCACUUCCAUUUCGCUGGGGCUUUCAGAUGGCUCUGUCUCAGUAGUUUCAAUCUCAGAAUCCCAACUGGUAGUAGUUCAAGAGUGGCAAGCACAUGCCUUCGAGUUGUGGACUGCUUCCUUCGAUAUUCACCAGCCUCAUUUGGUAUACUCCGGGUCGGAUGACUGCAAAUUCAGUUGCUGGGAUUUGAGGGAUGACCCUUCUUCCAAUUCGGUGUUCCAGAACUCCAAGGUUCAUAAGAUGGGCGUUUGUUGCAUUGCAAAGAAUCCCACUGACCCCAAUGCAUUGCUGACGGGGAGUUAUGACGAGCAUCUCCGAGUAUGGGAUGUCAGAUCGAUCUCAAAACCGGUGAACCAAGUCUCCCUGCGCUUAGGGGGAGGAGUUUGGAGAGUUAAGUACCAUCCAUUUGUUGCAGAUGUUGCAUUAGCAGCAUGUAUGCAUAAUGGAUUUGCUAUUGUUAAGAUCAAUGAUGGGGGAAGUGAGAUAAUUGAGACGUAUGAUAAGCACGAAUCGCUGGCUUAUGGUGCUGAUUGGCAGAGAGGUGGCCUUUGUGGGGAAGGCAGAGGAAAGAGCGCUGCAGUUGCAACCUGCUCCUUCUAUGACAAGCUUGUGCGGGCAUGGAUUCCUCAAAAUGUCAUUGUUUAACAAGUGACUUUCAGCAUGCUUUUGAAAAUGCUUCUUGUGAGCACACUUCCUGAAUUCACUCAUCAAUUGCUGCUUCUGCGGGUGCUUUAUCAGUGUACUUUAUGAGGCCAAUGUAUCAUUAUCAUCUGUGACAAAACAAUUGUUUUGGAUGGGAUUCCCUGUUCUUCUUUUUAUGCCAUUAAAUACCUGAUCUUUGGCAUAUGCUCUUGAUCUCAGACAGAAGUCCUCGAAACAGGGGAUGAGGUCGGGCUUUGUAUAUGUUUUCCAACUCAGGAACAGGUUUUCGCUACUUGGCUUGUAUCGUUGAACUUGUUGUGCUCUGUUUUCUAGUUUAUUUGAUAAAUUUGCUUCCAUGGUUGUGGACGGUUGAGCCUUUGGUCUCUGCUACAGGAAAAAAGGUAUCGUACAGCACAAUAAAGUUUGUUUUUAC